CCAGACUCCCGCCAGCCGCACCCGCCAGCACCAGCAACUCCGCGCACGAUGAAGGUCGCCGCAGCCCUGCUCCUCUUGUUCGCCGCCUGCGCCUCAGCCGGCCUGCUGGCGCCCAGCUCCUACCUGGUGCGCACGCCCAGCCUGGACAGCGCCGUCAUCAAGUCGGACCGUCUGGGCGGCAACUUCGCCUACAGCUCGGUGGAGGGCCACGCGUACCAGGCCGUCAGCCCCGUGGUGCAGAGCGUGGUGGCGCCCGUGGGCGUGUCCUACACGGCGCACCAGGUGCCCCUGGGCUACGCCGUGCCCCACGCCUACCCGGGGGUCGUCGCCGCCUACCCGGGCCUGAUCGCCGCCCCCGCCCCCAUCGCGCCCCUGGCGCCGUCCCUGAUCCCCGCCGCCAUCGCUGCCCCCGCCGUGGUCGCCGCCGACGAGCCCGCCGUCGCCCCCGCCGCCCCCGCCGCCCCCGCCGCUGAGGCCGACGACACCGUCUCCGUGGAGUCCGCCUGAGGCCCUCCACCGCCACCCCUCCAGUCUUCACCUCGUCUCACCACCCCUCCAGUCCCGGCCGUGCUCAUCACCAACUGCUCAAUAAACAAACCUUUUUGUACUUAAACAACUGCACGUGUCUCAUUUAUGUCCAUUCCCUUUUACUUGGCUUGAUAAAUCAUUUUUACCAUUAGCUAGCAAAACCAUUCUUAUAAAAGGGAAAGUUUUAUUUAAAAGGAGUAACAAAUCAUAGGAUGACUGAGAGUGAAUAUGGUGUAGUAGAAGGAAAGCAGUAUAAUAAUCAUGAUAAAACAAUUACAAUUAUGUCAAUACGUACCUUGAUUUGUGACUAGUAUGGGCAGAACAAAUUUAUCCGGGAAAAGUUUUUUUCAGAAACUAUAUCGAGUGAAUGCAUAUGGAAUACUCGUUAUUAGCUAUUUAUUGUAAAUAAUUUUAAUUGAAUAAUUAAAGCUCGAGAAGGAGUGUUUUAUUAUAAUUUUAUACUAGCGAUACAAAUGCAUUAAACUAUGAAUACUUUUUGGCUGUGUCAACCAGACUAUGUAACGCAUCAUUGUUUCAUAACAAAAAAAUAUUCUUAACUUUACAGCUUCACUUUAACAAUGUACUUAAUGCCCGCUUCGCUUGUUACUUAGUCAAUAAUUGAAAAAAAAAAUGUGACGUGGGGAAAUUUAAUAGCAGGAGUAUAGUUAGGUACAGCAAAGCUUGGUAAAAGCAUAAACUGGUAGGACUGAUGUAGUAAGCAAAGCUAACUUUUGCCUAUGAUGAUGAGUGGUUUUACCAAUUACUAGGUGUCGCGAGCAUCAGUGAUGUGCCUAUGCUUGACAAGGCAGCAUGAUUAAGAGAAGGUUUACCGUUGCCUUCCGCGGAAUGAAGGUAAAGAGAACAUCACACACACCCAGUCCUGAUCCCAGGGAUAAGGUUUAUGAAAUCCCCUCCCAGCAGCCAGACUGCGCUGGCCACUGGACCACGUGGGCUGACCACCCCCUCCAUCUGGUUCACA